UUUAUAGUUCAUAUAAAUAGUAGUAGUUCUUUUGAGCAUGAAUUACUUACUCCAUGUACAUUUGUCUGAAAGAUUGAGCAAAUAGUGAGGCAAUUUCUCCAACUUCCUCUCCCUCAUCAAUGGCUGUUGAACCUCCAUUUUUCGAGAAAUACAAGGCCAUAUUCCAGAGCUCUGAUCGUGAUGAAAAGCAGAAAUUUCCCAUGGUUGAAGUCUUUGAAGAACUUGAACUACCUCUGAUUGAUCUCAGUCAUUUGAAUCUCGGACCAUUUGAGAGACAAAAGUGCAUACAACAGAUGGUUCAAGCAGCUAGUGAAUGGGGUUUCUUUUCAAUUGUGAAUCAUGGGAUUCCUCAAGAGCUUCUAGACAGGUUGAAGUAUGAACAAGUGAAGGUGUUUCAGCAGCCUUUUGAAAAGAAAACUGAGAAAAAUUUUUUGAAUUUAUCAGCUCAUAGCUAUCGAUGGGGGAACCCUCUUGCAACUAGCUUGAGGAACCUUUCAUGGUCAGAAGCUUUGCAUAUAUCUCUCAAAGAUAUUUCCAAAAUGGAUGAAUACAAUAAGCUCAGGUCUACCAUUGAAGAGUAUGCAGCAAAAGCUAAUAUACUGGCUCAAAGAUUGGCUGAAUAUUUAGCAAAACAUUUGGGUAUCAAACCAAGUUAUUUCCAAGAGAACUGUUCACCAAGCUCUAGUUCUCUUCGAAUGAACAGAUAUCCUCCUUGUCCAUACCCUUCCAUGAUGUUUGGCAUUAUUCCUCACACUGAUACUGAUUUCUUAACCAUUUUAUCCCAAGACCUGGUAGGGGGAUUGCAAUUGAUGAACAGAAAUGGAAGAUGGGUUAGUGUUAAACCCAAUCCAAAUGCUCUACUUAUCACCAUUGGUGACUUAUUUCAGGCAUUGAGCAAUGGGAUUUACAAGAGCAUUGCACACCGAGUGGUAGCCAAACAAGAGGUUGAAAGGUACUCAGCAGCAUACUUCUACUGCCCCACCAACGAAACAGUAAUAGAAAGCUGCAGCAAGCCAAGUUUAUACAGAAACUUUAGUUUCAAAGAGUAUAGAGAGCAAAUCGAAAGGGAUUUAAAAGCUACUGGGGACAAAGUAGGGCUUACUCGGUUUCUUUUGUGAAGGAAAUUUCAUUAUCACCAUGCUUUCUAAGCUGCUGCUGCGCCUGCCAUGACAGCUUAGCUAGCUAGUCAUGACAGUACAGUCUCAUAGCUCAUGACACUUAUAUGAAAUAAUUGUACUUUUUCUUUUAAGUUUUUGUGGGAUUCAAGUGCUGCAAGUUUGGCCGUUAUUGUUUUAACAUUUUCUGCAAGAAGAAUAAACUAUAUAUGGAUAUAUUAUUUGACUGUA